UUCUAUCUUGUAGAAUCCUGGGACACAGCCAAAGUUGGUACGUAUCAUUAGUACAGACAAUAAGAAGAUCAACCCACUUUGGUCAUCCAUGGACUGCAAUCCUUUGGACUCUAGCAAGCCAGAUGUGUGCCCCAGGGUCAGCCUCCACACAAGAAGCUGUCUCACUCUGAUGCCCUACACUCUAGUCAAACCGUGUAGGCCUGGCCGGCCGCGGCCAGUGCUCUUGGUGCCAGCACUUUCGGGGAGAAUCAUAGCCGAUAAACUGUGCCUUUCCAAGAGCUUUGAAAAAUGCCCAGCAGAGCUUCAGAAUGAAACACAGAGCAGAGAUGUACUCCCUGACAAGAAAGGGACAAAUAGCAGCUGUUGCAUUCCACGACAGGCUCUGGAGGUGCUAAUGGAGAAGAAGAUUCAUGGCUGGCUGGACAUGGACCUGGAAAAAGUUCAGGAACUGCUGGCUAUGGAAAUCUAUCCCAUCAUUAUCCUGGUCAUCAUCACUGAGAAGAAUGGAAAGAAAUUCAGGAAAGCCUUACAGCGCCUUGGAGUGACCGAGGAACAGCUUUUGGAGAGUGCCCGGAAAGAGGAGGCUCAGCUUGAGAGAGUGCCCUGCUUGUAUGGCACCAUCACCCCUGAUGCCUGGAAUGACCUCGAUGCUCUGGUCAGCUGUGUCAAUGCAGUCAUCUCUGAUGAGCAAAAAAAGGUGGUGUGGGUGGAACAAGUAUCUCACUGA